AUGGCAGGCUCAUCCCCAUCUCUUGGUCUGCAAUUUCAUGUCAGGUCCAUUAGCUUGCCUUCCAGGUUGCACCCUCUUUCUACAAAACUUGAACUUGAGCUAAACAAGCUUAAAACCUGGCAAACAUCAGUUUUGGCAAGAGCUCCUUUAAUUGCAGAGACCAUUCAAACAGGUCUAGUAGGGCUAGCAGAGUUGUACAAUUGUGUUGAAGAACUCAUUCACUCUCCACUCACUCAACAAGCUCUUCUGCAACAUCAACAGGGAAUGCUCCUGGAAGAAGCAAUUGAGGGGUCAGUCGGACUGCUCGAUUCGUGUGGCACGGUUCGAGACUUAGUUUCUAUGAUGAAGGAACAUGUGCAAGAUCUUCAAUCAGCAUUACGCAGAAAAGGUGGAGAAUCAAGAAUUGAAAGUGAUAUAAGCAAGUACAUUUCCUUCAGAAAGAAAGUGAUCAAGAGGGACAUUCCCGAGAGCCUUAGAGCACUGAAGAUAAUAGAAAACAAAGUGGGAUCAUCUCUCUUAGAUGAAGAUCAAGUUCUGAAAAUGGUGAUGAAAAUGCUGAGAGAAGUAUCUGCCAUCACCAUUUCUGUUUUUCGAUCUCUCUUGAUGUUCUUGUCUGUGCCAACUUCAAAGACAAGGCUUAGAGGAUGGUCGUUGAUCUCAAAACUGAUGGUGAACAUAAAGUCAUCAGAUUCUGAACCCAACCUGCAGAAGAUGAAUAGUGAGGUGGAAACUGUUGAUUUGGCUCUUCACUAUUUGCAUGGGAACAUUUGCAGGAGUGAGGCCAAGGUUGAUGUACAAAUGGUACGACGGAGGCUACAAACCCUUGAUGAUAAUAUUCAAGGUUUUGAGGCUGGACUGGAUUGCCUGUAUAGGCGAUUAAUCCAAAGCAGAGUUUCUCUUCUUAAUAUUCUUGCUCAAUAA